AUGGACGCCCUUAGAGCUCAAGGAAAAUUCCCUGGCCCAAGCGCAGCCAUCACGCCCGGCACCUUCGACAGAACUGCGCUCAAGAACAAGACCGUCGUGCUGACUGGAGGCUGCAGCGGCAUCGGAGAAGCCACGCUUCGUGCCUUCGUAGAAACAGGUGCGUUCGUAGCCUUCAUCGACACGAACAAGUCCCGCGGAGAAGAAAUCGCAGCAGAACUUAGCCCGAAAGUCUCAUUUAUGCAUGGCGACGUAACAUCCUGGCCUGAUCAAAAGGCCCUCUUUGCUUCAGCUCGAGAGCUUUCUCCAGACGGGACGAUCGAUAUCGUGUUCGCAAAUGCCGGAACCACGGGUGGCAAAGAUGGCUUCGAUGCCGAGCCGGGUGAGGAUGGGGAGCCGCUCGAGCCUGAUCUGACCUGUGUUGACAUCAAUUUGAAGGCGGUGCUGUACACUGUCAAGCUUGCAACGCACUAUUGGCGAGAGCCGCCGAAGGAAGGACAGGAUCGAAGUUUGAUUCUGACCGCGAGUCUUGCAGGAUACUGGGAUCAUACCGCCAAGACGCAGUAUGGGGCUACGAAGUGGGGUGUCAGAGGGAUCAUGAGGAGUAUGAGGAGUAAAGGAAUGGCAAAGGGAUUCAGAACGAACUUGAUUGCACCUUGGUACAUGCGGACCGGUAUCGCUUCGGAGGCCGCUUGGGAUGUGAUCCAUGACCAGUGGGGAGCGAUCUUUGCGGAAGUAGAGGAUUCUGCUACUGCGGUGCUUCAUUUGGCUGCGGACAAUGGUGCAAACGGGAGAGGUAUUGGGGUUGUGCCUCGUCAAGCUGCAGAGUGUGGCUACAUUGAUCUUGGCAGAGACGAGCUGGACACUGAGCUGGAGGCAGCUGAGAAGUGGCAUGUUCCUCGUUGA